UCUUGGAUCUGUGUCACCUUCACUGAUACCUGUCCUGCUUGCACCUCUCCGAUGACAGUAAAGCCAAAGAGCGGUGCAGCCUAAGGUAAAGGUAAUUUAUGGAAAUAAAAAGAUGAGUCAGUUUCGGGUAUUAGCUGGUGUGCUGAAAUGUGGAGGACGCCACUUGCUUCCAUGGCGUGGAGGAGGGUUGACCCAACGUUGCUGGGCCGAUCCAAAGAGAGGCUGCUCCUCUAGGACUGAUCCUCUUCCAGCAGUGGUUAGCAGCUCCCGCUAUGUGGAGGAGAUGUAUUUCGCAUGGCUGGAUGACCAUAAAAACGUCCACGAGUCUUGGGACAGUUUCUUCCGUAACAUCCAGGCCUCCACUCCAUCUGGCGAGGCGGAUGAGAGGCGGCCCUCCGCUCUGCUGCAGGGCCGGAUGAUGUCCCACUCACUAGACAUGGCACAGAAAGUGGUGGAGGACCACCUGGCUGUGCACACCCUCAUUAGAGCUUACCAGAUCCGUGGUCACCAUGUUGCUCAGUUAGACCCUUUAGGAAUCCUGGAUGCUGACCUCGAUUCUUUUGUUCCCUCCGACCUGAUCACCACUAUCGAUAAAUUAGCUCUCUCAGGUUUAUAUGGUCUUGAUGAGUCAGACUUGGAUAGAAGCUUCCAGCUGCCCCAUACCACCUUCAUCGGUGGACAAGAAAUGACUCUUUCACUUAGGGAAAUCAUACGGAGACUCGAGGCAUCCUACUGCGGUCACAUAGGGGUUGAAUUUAUGUUCAUUAAUAAUGUGGACCAGUGUCAGUGGAUUCGUCAGAUGUUUGAGACUCCAGGGAUCAUGCAGUUCACUAACACUGAGAAGCGAACACUGCUAGCGCGCCUGAUCAGAUCCACACGGUUUGAGGACUUCCUGGCGAGAAAGUGGUCAUCAGAGAAGCGCUUUGGUCUGGAAGGCUGUGAAGUUCUCAUUCCUGCUCUUAAAACCAUCAUAGACAGUUCAAGUGGUGCAGGGAUUGACAGUGUGAUCAUGGGGAUGCCUCAUCGAGGUCGGCUUAAUGUCUUGGCCAAUGUGAUCCGUAAGGACCUGGAUCAGAUCUUCUGUCAGUUUGACCCCAAAUUAGAGGCUGCUGAUGAGGGUUCAGGUGAUGUAAAAUACCACCUUGGGAUGUACCACGAGAGGAUUAACCGUGAGACUGACAAGAACAUCACGCUAUCACUCGUGGCAAACCCCUCGCACCUCGAGGCAGUGGAUCCAGUGGUUCAGGGAAAGACCAAAGCGGAGCAGUUCUACAGAGGAGACACUCAGGGAAAGAAGGUGAUGUCCAUUUUGAUGCAUGGCGAUGCUGCUUUUGCUGGACAAGGAGUUGUUUAUGAGACCUUCCACCUGAGUGAACUCCCCUCCUAUACCACACAUGGUACAAUCCAUGUGGUGGUCAACAACCAGAUUGGCUUCACUACAGAUCCUCGGGUGGCUCGCUCCUCUCCCUACCCCACCGAUGUGGCUCGGGUUGUCAAUGCACCCAUCUUCCAUGUGAAUGGGGACGAUCCUGAAGCUGUCAUGUAUGUGUGUCGGGUGGCUGCAGAGUGGAGGGCCACGUUCAACAAGGAUGUCGUCAUUGACCUGGUUUGUUACAGACGUUUUGGUCAUAAUGAAAUGGACGAGCCCAUGUUCACCCAGCCGCUGAUGUACAAACAGAUCCGCCGGCAGGAGCAUGUGCUGAAAAAGUACUCUGAAAAGCUUAUUGCUGAGGGAGUGGUGACACUGCAGGAAUUUGAGGAAGAAGUUGCAAAAUAUGACAAGAUAUGUGAAGAGGCAUACACCAGCUCUAAAGAUGAAAAGAUCUUACACAUUCGGCACUGGCUUGACUCCCCUUGGCCAGGUUUUUUCACAGCAGAGGGAGAGCCCAAGAGCAUGAGCUGCCUCCCUACAGGACUGGACGAGGAGGUCCUGCAGCACAUUGGCCAGAUAGCCAGCUCAGUGCCUCUGGAAGAUUUUAAGAUCCACCCUGGUGUGACCCGUAUCCUGCGUGGUCGAGCUGACCUGGUGAAGAAUCGUCAGAUGGACUGGGCUCUAGGAGAGUACAUGGCCUUUGGCUCCCUUCUCAAAGAUGGCAUACAUGUACGACUGAGCGGGCAAGAUGUUGAACGGGGCACCUUUAGUCACCGUCAUCAUAUUCUGCAUGACCAAGAGGUUGACAGACGUAUCUGUGUUCCCAUGAACCACCUGUGGGAGAACCAGGCACCUUACACUGUAUGCAACAGCUCAUUAUCAGAAUAUGGAGUUCUAGGUUUUGAGCUCGGCUUUGCCAUGGCUAGUCCAAAUGCUUUGAUCCUCUGGGAGGCCCAGUUUGGAGACUUUCACAAUACAGCCCAGUGUAUCAUUGACCAGUUCAUUAGCUCAGGACAGGCCAAGUGGGUUCGCAACAAUGGCAUUGUCCUACUGCUGCCACAUGGAAUGGAAGGAAUGGGUCCAGAGCAUUCGUCAGCUCGACCUGAACGCUUCCUGCAAAUGACCAAAGAUGACCCAGAUCACAUCCCUGACAUCAGUGGAGAUUUUGAAGUCCAGCAGCUGUAUGACUGUAACUGGAUUGUGGUCAACUGCUCCACACCUGCUAACUACUGUCAUGUGCUCAGGCGACAGAUUCUGAUGCCAUUCAGAAAACCGCUGAUCAUUUUCACUCCUAAAUCUCUGCUUAGGCACUUGGAUGCAAGGUCAAGUUUUGAUGAUGUUGCCAAAGGCACUAAAUUCAAGAGACUGAUUCCUAAUGAGGGCCCUGCAAGUCAAAGCCUAGGCCAAGUGAAGAGGGUUAUCUUCUGCACAGGCAAAGUCUACUAUGAACUGGCUAAAGAGAGGAAACGGCAAAACUUGGACAGAGAUGUUGCCAUAAUCAGACUUGAACAGAUCUCUCCUUUCCCGUUUGACUUAAUACGAGAAGAGGCAGAGAAGUACACCAAUGCUGAGCUUGUCUGGUGUCAGGAGGAACACAAGAACAUGGGUUACUAUGAUUAUGUCCGACCACGCUUUCUCACAGUGGUUGCCAACAAGAAACCCAUUUGGUAUGUGGGACGAGACCCUGCGGCCGCACCUGCGACAGGAAACAAAUCCACUCACCUCAAUGAGCUGAAGAAGUUCAUGGACACUGCUUUCAACCUGAGCGCCUUCCAAGACAGAAACUUGUAAUGGAGAUUUGAAAGAAGACAGUCGGACGCGCUGUUUCAUCUCUAAAACCAUCGUUUUGAUGUGACUUAGACUAUAGUUUUUAAUGACCCUCUGCCAUAAAACACCCCAGAGGUGUGCUUGAACAAUUACUCUGAAUCACAUAUCACAGGUAUGAAAACUGUGCUGAAAUUUAACACAUCAGUAGGUUUUAGUGCCUGUUUUUGUUUGGCCACCUUAGCUGUUAGUGAAGGAGUGUGUAUUUAUUGUCACACCUCACUUCACCAGGAGACAUGAGCCAGCUGGCACAGAGACUUGUAACCAUGUUUUCUACUUAGGACAUAAGGCUCAGCUUUUUCUUUGGAAGCUGAGGGACACACACAUAAACAAAGCACAGCUUCGGAUGCUCGGAGAGCAGCAUUGAUGCUUGGUUGUCACAUUAAAAUCCCCCAGAUAUCAAACACAAAUGAUAUUAGUCACUCUGCAUUAGAAAAGCUCCUUAAAAUUGUGCUUCUUGUUUAGCUGUACUGGAGCUUACCUUUCCUAUUUACAGCUAGGAGAUUUAACCACACAUGUUGAAACAUAAUUUUUCAUAUUUAGUGACUUAACAGAGGUUUAUAUUAGUUGUUUAGUAAUGGAAACACAGCCACAUAUUCAUAUGGGUGCUGAAAUAACUGCACUUACAGUGAAUAAUUUAAAUAGCAAUAAAUAUGUAUUAAUGUAUGAAUGCUCUUUGUGAUAAUUUGUUGAUGAAUAAAUAGUGUAUGGUUUUAUGGAACAAAUGCACUGAACAGACAAGUGCAGGUGGUCACCGAUUGAUCUAUGAAAUAAAGUUUGCUCACUGAUGCAAAUCA